AUGUCUUCUCCACAAGAGUCUCUUGACUUCAACGGCGCCUCCGACGCCUCCCAGACCACCCCUGUCUCCCACCAGACCACGGCCAAUCCUUCCUCCUCCAGCCUUUGCAGCUUGCUUACCUGGAAGGACCCUGUCGCCACAGGAAAGGUGUUUGGUGGCCUCUUGCUCGGCCUUGUGCUCCUCAAGGUCAACUUUAUCAACUACAUCUUUUACGCUGCUUACCUUGGCCUCUUGGUCUCUGCUGCCGCUGAGUACGUGGGCAAAUUGGUCACUGGACAGGGCUUUGUCACCAAGUACACCGCCCACGCUCCAUCCUACUCCAAAUUUGUCAAUGACUCCAUCUUGCCUGCCAUUGGCAGAUUUGCUACUUGCGCCGAGUCCAAGGUUCAGCGUAUUGUCUACGCCCAGGACAUUGAGUUGACCUUGAAGGCUGCCGGUGUGUCGUACGUCUUGUACUUCGUCACCUCCUACUUGUCCUUGUACACCCUUGCCAUCGUCUCCGUUGUCUUGGCCUUCACCGUGCCUUUCUUGUACGUCCAGAACAAGGACGAGAUUGACGCUGCCGUUGCCCACUACUCCAAGAUCGUCAGACAGAAGUCCUCCGAGUUGACCGACCAGGCCCACAAGUCCGUCGCUCCUCACUUGGACACCUUGGCCAAGAAGACCGGCCCUGUCGGCGACUUCAUCCAGUCCAAGUUCCCCACCAGAACCGCCGGCUCCACCGUUGGUUCCGGCAACGACACCUCCUACAACACCGGCGCUGGCUCCGAGCCUGUUGCCGUGGAGAAGCCCCUCGAAGGCGCUGGUUCCGCUGCCUCUGCUCACGCAACCGGCUCUUCUUUCCCAUCGGUGCCAUCUGGUACUCCAUCCGGCGUUGUCUCCGAGGACCCAGAGCCCGCUUCCACCGAGACCGCUGCGUUGUAA